AUGUUGUACAUAGGCGGCCGGAGUAGCUGUGGCAUUCUCGCUUUCACGUUUCUGCUGUUUUUCGCCAUCUCGAUUACCCGCAGUGCCGAUGAGCCGACGACAACAAUCAAGUACAACGUUGUUCAAGCCUGGGCCGCCAAACUUGGGGGAGAGCUGUGGCAUUUGGGAGAUUUUAUAACUAGAAGAAAGGAGGUAGAAGAGAGUUUUAAACAAGCACAAGUAGUUAGCAAAAAUGGACAGAAAAUUGUCGAAGAGAUGGCCAAGGAUCUCAAGUACAUGAUGGAUGCGAAAGUGAGCGCCGUCAAGCGCAUCAUGGAUACGGCGGAAAACACUGCCAUAUCGUUCGACGAAGAACCGGUAAACCAAAGCUUCCAGUACUACAACGCGAAGCAGAUGAUUGAACCGGGAGAGAUCAUCACCACGCCGAUCCCUAUGAUCGACGAGGACCCGGCCGACAUCACCACGCCGAUACCGCCAAAGGAAAUCGUGCUGACGAAGAAGCGCCAUUUCUUCAACGAAGCUGUCAACACGACGGUCAGCUCGGUACAUGUGCCCACAAACGUGUACGAUCGCGCAACCGAGGUGAUCAAAGCGAUCAAGUGGUCAGAAGCGCUCGAUUCGAUCUUCUACAACAACUAUAUCGGAGAUCCGACGCUGACGUGGCAGUAUUUCGGCAGUUCGAGCGGUUUUCUACGUCAGUUUCCGGCGACCAAGUGGGAACAGGACCCAGUCGAUCUGUACGACUGCCGGUUGCGCUCGUGGUACAUUGAGGCGGCCAACAGCCCGAAGGAUAUGCUGAUCCUGGUGGACAGCUCCGGCUCGAUGACGGGGCAGCGCAAGGACAUCGCCAAACACGUCGUCUCGAACAUCCUCGACACGCUCGGACCGAACGAUUACGUCAACAUUUUCACCUUCUCGGAAGAGGUGGCGGAAGUGGUGCCGUGCUUUCGCGACACUCUCGUGCAGGCAAACAUGGGCAACAUUCGCGAGCUGAAGCUCGGUAUGGACAACAUAGAGACCAAUGAGAUCGCUAACGUUUCAGCCGCCCUCACCAGGGCGUUCGAGUUGCUGGAGCAGUUCCGGGAGACCCGCAACGGGGCCCGGUGCAACCAAGCGAUCAUGUUGGUCUCGGAUGGUGUUCCAUACAGCUUCGACGAGGUGUUCGAGCAGUUUAACUGGAAAGAGCUGCCCUUCAUUCCGGUGCGCGUCUUCACCUAUCUGAUCGGGCGCGAGGUGGCAGAUGUGAAGGAGAUCAAAGAAAUGGCAUGUCGCAAUCAGGGGUACUAUGUGCACCUCAGCACGAUGGCCGAAGUGCGGGAGGAGGUCCUAAACUAUAUACCGGUGAUCGCGAGGCCGCUUGUACUAAACAAACGCGAACAUCCGGUCGUCUGGUCGGAGAUCUACGCAGACGUCGAGGACCCCAAAAUGACGGACUGGCUGUGGGAGAUAAAAGAACGAGCCGAGCAGAAAGAGCGCUUCAUCGAUUAUCGCAAGAACCGGGUGUUGUUCUACUCACCCGAGGAGCAGCACCGACGCAUGAUCAUGAAGCAGCGCAUGAACCAGGAUCCGUAUUCGAACAAUCAGAAGUACAACUUCAUGACGACCGUCUCGGUGCCGGUGUUCGAUCGACGAGAGAACGCGAACAUCACCGAAGAUAUACUGAUGAAUGAGGCAUACUGGGUGACGAUCACACGAGAGACGCGCGUGGCCAACAUACUUGGCGUUGCUGGUGCCGAUGUGCCAAUAGCGGAAAUUAAGAAAUACCUUAAACCUCACCUGCUUGGUGUGAAUGGAUACGCCUUCAUUGUGACUAACAAUGGCUACAUCCUAACGCAUCCCGACUUCCGUCCAGUGUUCCAAGAUAUUCUCAAGCCAGCCUACAACACGGUCGACAUGAUCGAAGUCGAGUUGACCGAUGACGACCAAGGGCCACGAGAAUUCAAUAAUAUGCUGCUAAAUAUGCGUGAAUCAAUUAUUAAUCAGUCGACCGGAGCCAAGUGGAUAAGUGUGAAGUACCACUUCGAUGAGAUGAAACGGGUGUCCCGCACGAAGCGACAAUACUACUGGACGCCGAUCAAGAACACCCCGUUCACUCUGGUGGUUACGUAUCCCGAGACAUAUGGCGUAAAUCGGCUGCAGAUACGCACGGAGGACGAGAUCCACCGUAUACACGCAAAAGGCAGCAAUGUGGCCAGCUUCUUCAGCGGCAACAACUGGAAGAUCCAUCCAGAUUGGGUGUACUGUAAAUAUUUGAACGAGCACCCGAAUGAAACGUUCGCCACGCCCGAGCUCGAGCUGAAGCACUUCCUCGAACGAAUGAAGCUUGGCGGCUGGAAGUGGCCCUCAAACCGCACGCCACCACCACCCGAACACGCCAUGUUCUCUAAUAUAACAGGCAAAUUGCCAGAGAAGGACUAUUAUUACUGCGAUCGCGGUUUGAUGCAGGCACUCGUGUACGACGCCAAGGUGACGGAGUGGUUCUCGAAGAACAUCAGCGGGAGCGGUGGCAACAAGGACGAGAAAGGCCCAAGCCCGAUCGCAGUGUUAAUGGGGUUGCUGCCAAGAAACGAAUUCAAACAACGCUUUGGCAUCACCGUCUCAUUUCUGGCCACGCACUCAGGCUUGACUCGGUGGCAAGAGUACGCCACCGGCACGGACGAAUCCAAGCAAGCUGAACCGGACUUUAGCGAAAUGAACAAUCGCGCGAUCGAUGAGGUGUGGUACAAACGCGCGGUAGAGUUGUACUACAGCAACCGGAACCGGAAAACGACGGACGGUGAAAAUGGGAAGGAUGACAGUGACCGGAACAGCUUCGUCUACUCGGUUCCAUUCGAUGCCGGAAAUCGAAACGAUACGCUCGUCACGGCCAGCCACGCUAUUUUCCAUGCAGAUGGGACUCGUGAAGCACCUGUCGCAGUGGUAGGCUUUCAGUUUCACCACUCUGCGCUGUACACGCUGUUUAAGAACAUCACCAGCCAGUGCGGGCAUGGCGAUCCACGAUGCGAGAAAACGUGCUUCACGGGCGACUAUCAGUGCUACGUGAUCGACAACAACGGGUUUGUGGUGAUUAGUGAACAACUGCAGGAAACGGGUGCUUUCUUUGGUGAGGUGAAACCUGCUUUCAUGCAGCGCCUGCUGGACGAUAGCAUCUUUCGCAACGUGACCGUGUACGAUUACCAGGCCGUGUGCUUUAUGCCGAAAGGUUCGAUCAAUUUGGGCACGGUGUUGCAGACGCCCCUGCGGCUGCUAUGGUGGAUGCUAACCAACACACUGUCCUACUUGCUGUGGGUUGUAAUGCAACUGUUCAUUAGUCUAGCACAGGCGUACGACGAGAUUUACGACACAGGUGCUUACGAUGUUGUGCCUGAGUUGGGCGAUCUCGACGACCCCACGCUAAAUCGUUACAAAGAGCCGGAAUUCAACAAAGUGCUGAUCAAUCGCACUCGUCCUGAGCCGUGCGAUCAUGUGAUCACGCUGUACGAGAUCAACAUGGACGUAGACCCGUCCGUGUACACAAAAGAGGCACACCAGUGCGAACGGCCGUACGUGGUGUUACCCAUUCCGUCCAGCAAUCUGCUGCUGCUGGUACUGGACACGCUCUGCCCACUGCCCACUCAUGUGCCACAGCUAUCGACGUGGCCGGUGGAGCACGAUUACAAUGCUUCGCUCGCUUGCCACAAGGCCCGUAGCGAUCCGCUGCCGAGGCGAAGACCACUGACGUGCAUCAACAAGCAUGCAAACGAAAGUGUGAUCGAGCUUUGCGGUGACGGAAGCAGGCCUAGGUAUAACGCCGCUUUGCUGCUAGCCCUGCUGAUGCUCGGGCAGUGUAUAGUCCUGCACACUUCUGGUGGGACAUUUGCUUACCUCUUUAACGCGUAA